GGGUCUCGCUCCGCACACUCAGGCUGAGCCGAGUCCGAGAGAAGCGCUGCUCCAGCUGUUGCCCCGCGCCCAUGGCCGCCCUGGGACUCCGCGCUCUGUGGGCGGCGCUAUGUGGCGGCUGCUGCUGCCUGCUUCUGUGUGCCCAGCUGGCUGUGGCGGGUAAAGGAGCUCCAGGCUUUGGGCGGGGAGCCCUGCUCCGCAUGAACAUCUGGCCAGCUGUCCAAGGGACCUGCAGACAUCUGAAGCUCUGUGAGCAUUGUGUAGAGGGUGACAGAGCACACAACCUCUCUGGCUGCGUGUGGGAACAAUGUCAGCCUGAGGAGCCAGGACAUUGUGUGGCCCAAGCUGAGGUGGUCAAGGAAGGCUGCUCUGUCUAUAACCACUCAGAAUCCUGUUCAGCUGCCCACGACCACCCUACCUAUGAACCGAAGACAAUUACAACAGGGAGCCCCCCAAUCCCUGAAUCCCACAGCCCUGGCUUCGAUGGGGCCAGCUUCAUUGGGGGUGUUGUGCUGGUGCUGAGCCUGCAGGCAGUGGCCUUCUUUGUGCUACGUUUCCUCAAGGCCAAGGACAGCACUUACCAGACUCUAAUCUGACCCCCUUUGGGCCUGGAUUCCACACUGAGGGGAAAAGAGGAUGAAGAGGCUGCCCUUUUGGCCGUUUUGUGGGCACUACGGGUGGGGAAAGCUUUCACAACUCCCACCCCAUCUCUGGCCCCUGUGGCACCAGGCAGGCUCCACAGUGCCGCUCCACUUCCCCUCCUACCCUGGGCCUGCAGCUGAGCGUACACCCAAACAUUUCCCAUAUUAUCACCCCUGUAGGGUACCCCUCACCCAACAAUGGGUUCUGUGCCCAGUGAUUCCUACCUGUCUGGCCUCAGCCCUGCCCCCAAAUAAAGGAACUCUUUCCAACAUUG